GUCCCUCCCUCAGACACCCCCACAAUCCCCCUCUCUCUCUCUCCGUCUCUCUAAAGUCGAACAUCUCGCCUGCUCUCUUCUUCUUGACACACGGCAAAACAUGUCUGCAAACGGCGCCGCGGGGGACCUCCUGCAGAUCCCUCUGGGGCUCAUCAACGUCGAGGGCAAAUACCUGACGGCGGAGACCUUCGGCUUUAAAAUCAACGCCUCGGCCGGCAGCCUGAAGAAGAAGCAGACGUGGACCCUGGAGCAGAGCGGCGAGGACGGCAGCGCCGCGUUCCUCCGCUCCCACCUGGGCCGCUACCUCGCCGCGGACAAAGACGGCAACGUGACCGCGGACAGCGAGGCGCGCGGCGGCAGGGACUGCCGCUUCGUGGUGACCGCGCACGAGGACGGCCGGUGGUCCCUGCAGUCCGAGCCCCACGGCCGCUACCUGUGCGGCAGCGAGGACCGGAUCACCUGCUUCGCGCAGGCCGCCGCGCCGGCGGUGAGGUGGAGCGUGCACCUGGCCGUGCACCCGCAGGUCAACCUGUACAGCCUGGCGCGCAAGCGUUUCGCGCACCUGAGCGAGCGCGAGGUGUCGAUAGACCGCGACGUCCCCUGGGGGGUGGACUCGCUCGUCACGCUGGUCUACCGCGACCAGCGCUACCACCUCGGCACCUCCGACAACCGCUUCCUGCGCAACGACGGCGGCCUGGCCGCGCGCACGGAGGCGCGCACGGGGUACGUGCUGGAGUUCCGCUCGGUGAAGGUGGCGUUCCGCGACUGCGACGGCCGCUACCUGGCGCCCUCGGGCCCGACCGGCACGAUGAAGUCUGGCAAAAGCACGCGGGCGGGGAAGGACGAACUGUUCGGCCUCGAGCGCAGCCACGCGCAGGUGGUGCUGACCGCGCGCAACGAGCGCAACGUGUCCACGAGGCAAGGCAUCGACCUGUCAGCCAAUCAGGACGAGGAGGGGGACCAGGAAGUCUUCCAGUUGGAGAUGAGCCGCGAGGACAGGAAGUGCGCCUUCAGAACCGCCGCUGGGAAAUACUGGACUCUGACAGCGAGCGGAGGACUGCAGUGCACUGCCUCCACCAAGUCAGCUGACAGCUACUUCGAGCUGGAGUGGCGUGACGGUCGCGUGUGUGUGCGUGCGGCCAACAGCAAGUACGUGAUCGCUAAGAGGAACGGACAGCUGGCUGCCACCGUGGACAGCGCAGGGGAGGCGGAGCAGUUCCUGAUGAAGCUCAUCAACCGUCCCAUCAUCGUCCUUCGCGGCGAGCACGGUUUCAUCGGCGCUCGCAAGCCAGGACUGGCGACUCUGGACUCCAACCGAGCAUCGUACGACGUUUUCCAGCUGGAGUUCCACAACGGCGCUUACUCCCUUAAAGACUCCCAGGGCAAGUAUUGGUGCGUCGGAGACGACGCGGCGGUGGCGUGCGGCAGCGACGCUCCUGUCCAGUUCCUCCUUGAGUUCUGCGACCUCAACAAGAUGGCCAUCCGCGCCCCGGGGGGGAAGUACCUGAAAGGGGACCACGCCGGGGGGCUCAAGGCCAGCGCCGACUCGCUAGACGGCGCCACCCGCUGGGAAUACUGAGGAGGAGCACAGCCGAGCUUCACUGUCCAAGCCGACCCUUCCAACUAUUCAUAGAUACUGUAGACUAUAAAGCACAACACGCAUCAGAUUAAUGAUCGUUGGAUCGACAUGUUUCUGCUGUAAAUAAAGGCUGUCUUUGUUGGUGAAUGCUUCAAAAAACGUAGUAACCAUGGAAACUGAGUUCAAGUGUGUUUUGGGAUGGGAUGGCAGAUUUAACCACCUUAAGGAUCCUUUGUACUGACCGAUACAACCACAUGAAGUAGUCAAAGGUUUCCCUUUUUAAUGACCGUAAUCCCAUCCUGACUUGGUGUAAUGUUUUUGAUCACUUAAAAAGGAAACAAAUGGAGCUUUUUUUUGGAUUGACUCACUGAGAAGGAAUAGUUACUCUCCAUGCACGUAAACAUGCAGUCCUGGAUACAUUUAAUUCUUCCAGUGACUCAAAGUCUGCACAAUAAUGUCCCAAUUGCGAAAUGUCCAAAGCACAUGUGUGUCUUCGGUUGGGUGCUGCUGUGUUUAAACACGAUGAAAGAGUCUCUCUGGCUGUAAUUGUGGCCUUGCCUUCCAUAGAGCACUUCAGUCUUUUUCAUCUUCUUGCAUUUGAAAUCAACACAAUAAAGUUUUUCCUCUUGACAGCA